CGCUGAAAUCAGUUUAGUAUGUUAGUUUGCCUCCUGUCCUUUAAUGUUAACAUUUCCAGCCCGGCUCACGACAACAGAGAGAUCGAUAGCAAUAAGUUCAAAACCUCAACCGCCAAUACAACAACGGCUGAAAAGCCAAGAAGGCGACGCCAUUCUAGGCGAAGACGUGAGCAAGCACUUGGCGGAGAGCCUCGACUCGCUCUGCGGGGCCUGGGAGAGGCUCUCCAAAAAAAAUCCUACGCCUGCAGCCCGGCCCGCUCCAUUGCAUUGCACCGCAGCGCCCGACGGGGGUCCCCAGCAAAGACCUACGACGGAACUUGGAAGCGCUCCCUUCCGCAUGUUUACUCGGGAGUAAAGCUGCGUUAGACGGGUCGGACUCCCACGGAUGCGCGCAGCAGCACCAGCAGCUUUGCGCAAACCGCACUGGGCGGCUGCGCUGGCGCCGCUUUGCCCGCUGCUGUCGGGGCGGGGCUGGGACGGUGACGGCCUCCCGGUCCCGCUAGCUCCCUCCCUCCCUCCCUCCCUCGCGGGCUCCGGUUCCCGUCGUGCUCCGCGGCGCUGGAGGCGGGUUGGAGUUUAAAUCCUGCCGGCCAAUGAGGAGCGCGCUCGGGGCUCCGUAACGCUCCGGCUCUAGGUUUGAAAUUGGUGCAGCCACCGAGCAGAAGCCGUCGGCCGGGUCGCUGUGGCUGCUACUGCUCAUCGCUGUCACGGAGCCACGCCGCCGCCAUCCUCACCCUCAGGCCCAACGGGACCGCAGCGCAAGGAGCCUCGGGAGCAGCAUCCGAGGAAGGCGUCGGGGAUGAGCGCGGCGGUGCCCAGCAGAGGGUCCCGCCCGGGGGCGUCGGCGGCGCCUAGCGGUGGUGCCGGGGGGAGCCGGGCGUCUUCCACGGCGUUGAAGGAGAGCAAGGCCAUCCCGGAGGUGCUGCUGGACCCGCGGAGCCGCCGGCGGUACAUGCUGGGGCGCUUCCUGGGCAAGGGCGGCUUCGCAAAAUGCUACGAGAUCACGGACGUGGAGAGCCAGGAGGUCUUCGCGGGCAAGAUCGUGCCCAAGUCGCUGCUGCUGAAGGCGCCGCAGAAGGAGAAGAUGUCCAUGGAGAUCGCCAUCCACCGCAGCCUCCACCACCGCCACGUGGUCGGCUUCCACGGCUUCUUCGAGGACGCCAACUUCGUCUUUGUAGUUCUCGAGCUCUGCCGGCGGAGGGUGAGGACCCUGGAAGGGGGAGGGCGCGCAAAGGGCGGCGGCCGCGGCGGGCUCGGGGUUCGCUGUUCGACGGGGCUGCCGGAGGGGCGCUGCAGAGCCCCGGGCUGGGGAGGGUGGCUUGAAGGGACCGACCCUCUGAGCCCCUGGCUAGGCAGGCCUGGGAACUGCCAGGCCGUAGCCAUAGCUUCGGUUUGGCAAGGGGAGGGCGUGGAUCCGGUUCCCCAGGCGACGGCCUCUCGGUGGGGUAGGGUGGGCACCUUUGUUGGCCGCGUUCCCAAGCGACUGGAUGUGUCGUUCCAAGUCGCUGUUUUCGGCACUUAGGGGAUAAUUCAAGCCGUCUCUGAGCAUCUGCAGAGUACCUUCCCCGUAAUCGCUCACCACAACCAGCCCCCAUCAAACAACAACCAGGCUAGGUGGUCCUUCUCCUUAAGUCUUGGCAUAUCUGCUUUGUAGGAAGGUUCCCUCACUCCAGAAAUGGAGGGUUCCAUCAAUUGCCUUUGACUUAAGUUCAGCUGCUGCUGUCAUCUCCCUCCUAAGUUAAACUUAUCUGGGGUUAUUGAUUUGUUUUAUCAUGUAUUUUGUGUCCUCAUCUUGUAUUUCUGUGUUGUGAACAGCCCUGUGACCUUUGGAUGAAGGGUGGUAUACAAAUUAAAUAAACUGAAUAAAGGAAGGCUUGAACCCUUCAUCACUCUCUCAUCCCUGGCUAUGGAAUGAGAUGACUGGUUUUGAAGAGCCUCACUGAGAUCUGGGAAGUUGAGCAAUACAUGAAAGCACCAGAGUUUAGCUGUCAGCUUUUAGCUGGGAAAGAUGGCCUUGGUGCCUUAGGGGUGAUGAAACUGUUAAAGUUAUGGUCCACAUUUCAAAGGUCCCAGAAACUGCCUGUAGUCUACCUGUCACCUGUGAACCCCUCUUGCCCGUUGGCUGAGCUGUGGCGAUCCUAAAAUCAUAGAAUUGUAGAGUUGGAAGGGAUCCCGAGGGUCAUCUAGUCCAACUCCCUGCAAUGCAGGAAUCUUAACAAAAAAGCUGGGAAUGUUUGCAGACCUUGACUUAAAAGCAGGGAGGUUGGUAUACCACACAGCUGUUGUGACAGGCACCAAAGGCUGGUGUAAAUAGGGAAGCAACAUCACAUAGGACCCACCCGGAGAUGGCAGGAACCCCUGCUGUGAGGUGGAAUAUGGAGCAGGGAAAGGAGGUUUCAAGUGGGCCAGAGGUCGACAGAAGUAGGCUGUGGGCAGAGAAGGUAAUAUUGGCGUCCUUGCAUUUGCCUGCCAGUCAAAACAUCAGAAGAGACCCCGCGGCAGAAAGCUGGUGCGGUGUGGUGUUUAGAGUGUCAGACAAGGACCUUGGAGAGCAGGGUUCAAAUCCUUACACAGCCAUCAAGUGCACUGGGUGUGACCUUGGGCCAGUUGCUACAUGUCAACACCUUGCUAAAAUCAGUGCUUUGAAAAGCACACUCCACUCUGGUGCCCUGGCCAAACUUUCCAGGGGUGGCGAGAGAGUUGCUGUGAACUGCAUCAUAUUCCAUUCCAGCCCCACACUUAUUUGUAGGGAGGGGGCUGUCUGUCACUCACUGGACAGAGCUUCCUUGGCAGCUCCACGUAGGGCUGGGAAUGCCCCCUGCCUGAAACCUUGGAAAGCCGUGGCCUUGUCUGACUCUGUAUAGAAAGCGCUGAUCUAAAUGGACCUGCAGUCUAACGGUCUUCUAAUGCGACUUCCUGGAGAGGAGCAUCCCGCCCGCCUUGGUCAGUCCAGUGACUAUCUCCUUAAGGUGAUUUCUCUUUCCUCCUCCCUCUCCAAAGUCUCUUCUGGAGCUGCACAAGCGACGGAAAGCGCUGACGGAACCCGAAGCUCGUUACUACCUGCGGCAGAUCAUCCAGGGCUGCCAGUACCUUCACAGUAACCGGGUCAUCCACCGCGACCUCAAGUUGGGCAACCUGUUCCUUAAUGACGACAUGGAGGUGAAGAUAGGUAAGGGGUUUGUGCAGGGUGGGGGGCCUGGGAAUUAUAUGGCCAUGGGCUCACUGCCUGGGGAGGGAGGUUUCCUAUCGUGCUGCAUGUGGAGGGGAAAGAGAGCUUAAGCAGCUUGGACACGAAAAAAUUAGAUGCCAGCUAGUGCACCAGAACACCUUUGUUUUUGUUCAUUUAGCUUGGAUGAGGUUCUUACAAUCUGAUGGUGUAAUCUAGGAAUUUUAGUGGACUUUAUCUGGCUUCAAAAUGUAGGGUUGACAUAUUUUUAAAAGUAAGCCAGGACACCCCUGUUGUUGAGUUGUUUUUGUUGUUUUUUUAACAAAAACACCAAAAAAACCCAGUGAUUUUUCAAUUGACUUCCCUAAGAUCCAGGACAAAGUGCUGCCUUUUGGAAAUUCCCCCUGUUAUGUACUGAGCCAGGAGGGGGAUACUGUAGAUAGUUAUGCAAAUGAAGGAUCGAAAAGUGACGUUCAGUGAUUGGAUAGUUUUGUAUGCAAAUGAAGGAUCGAAAAGUCACGUUCAGUGAUUGGAUAGUUUUAGAAUGUUGCAACAGUUACAAUUGUUCUGUAGCUCUAUAUAAGCCGGCUGACUGAGCUCCUCAGUUUAGUUCUGUUCCAGCUUACAAAAUAAAGAGCUGCUUUGGAGAAAUCGCUGUGUCGUCUGCUAUGUCAACCCACAACUUAACACCCCCCAGGUGUCAGUUCCACCUUGAAAUCCCGGUAAUGUCCGGAUGUAUGGCAGCCCUACUCCAAAUGUGUAUAUUUGCCUUCUAUUGCAUUAUUUCCCAGGCUGUAUGAGUGCUUCUUGGGAUGGGACAACUGUCCGCUUUCUACCUGUUUGAACUGAAUGACUCUUAUUCUUACUCAUUUAUUACCCACUCAUCACCCAAAGGUCUCAGGGUGGGUUUCGGCAUUCAAAGCAAUAUUUUAAAAAAGAAUUAAACAGCUUACAACCAUAUCGUUAGGAACCAUCAGUAUUGUACUUUCCCCAAAGUGCUGCUUGGGCGCAGAGCAUGCGCCCCGUACCAAGAGGUGUGACAUCUUCUGAAAACCUUUGUUUCCUUCUCCCUGUAUUUUGAGUUAGGCUGAGGGCUGUAGGUUCCCCAUCCAUCUUCUCGUGCUUCCAAACUCCCAUCAAAGGGCACUAAAAGGAAGCAGACAGCAAUUCACAAUUCUCCCCUUGCCAGGUUGUGGGAGUGGAUUGGAGCAUAAAAAUAUUUAUACUGCACCUCUUGAAGUAGCAAAUCUGCCUUAAAACAGCACUCUGCUCACUGCAAAAAAGAAAACCUAUCCUGUGAGAGUUCUCCUUGCCAGUGUUCCCCUAACCUUCCAAUGUGAAGUGUGUUUGUGUUAAAAAUUCCCUGCCCUUUCUUGGGCCUUUACAUCUCUGACUGCCUCUGAAAAGGAAGCUACUUAAUGCUUCUGUUUGGGGCUCCUCUGGCGUAGCCUUGACCAAGGAAGCCUCUGUAUUCCUCCUGUUUGUCCAGGGGACUUUGGCUUAGCCACCAAGGUGGAGUAUGAUGGCGAGCGGAAGAAGACCCUGUGCGGGACGCCCAACUACAUCGCCCCAGAGGUGCUGGGCAAGAAGGGACACAGCUUUGAAGUGGAUGUCUGGUCCCUCGGCUGCAUCAUGUACGUUUUGCUGUGUAAGACUUGAGUGGAUCUAAUGGACACCAGGGGUUUUCCUCAUCAAUGCUGGUGGGAAAUCAGUAGAGGGGAAGUUGGGGUAAUGAAGUCAGGUGGUGUUAGAACUUCCAGUCUUUCUCUUCCCUCCACAAGUUGGAUAAAAAUGUAGUGUCCCGUCCCCCUAAAACACUUCCAGUUUCCUUUCCAGGGGUGCCUCUCACGGGGGAGGGACUUUUCAGGGAUGUGCCUGGUUGUAUCACUUGUUCUAGGUGGGGAUGACUGCCCAGGACAAAUACCUUUGGUGUCUUUGCCUAACAUGGGAAUACUCGCCCCAAACAUCCUGAGAACAUCAGCUGGGGUGGGGGGAGGCUGGUUUAGGCACAGCCUGUCUCUGUUCCCCUCUGCACAAACUGGAAGGAAGCGGGGAGAUUCUUAUGUUCUGCUCCCUCCAUCCCCACCUUGGAUGUGCUGGGAAGGGGUGAGAAGCAGGGUGGGUCAUGCUCUGUGCAUUUUGAGGAACAAGAGUUUCAGCGGUGUAAACAUGGCUUGUUCCACGAAAGAGGGAGAGAAAGAAUAUUUGGGUGGGCAGUGGGCUCUCUAGCGUUCCUCUCCACCCCCAGCACCCACAGUUGAUGGAUUUCCAUAUAUGGUCUCUCCUUGCAGGUACACUCUCCUGGUUGGGAAGCCCCCCUUCGAAACCUCCUGUCUGAAAGAAACGUACAUCCGAAUUAAGAACAACGAGUACACCAUUCCAUCGGUACAGCCUUCCCUGGAUACGGGAGAGUCUGGAGUUGGGUGGGGUGGGGUCGGAAGUGGGCACCCCUUAACUCCUGAAAGUGGAGUUGGCAGCAACUGGGAGGGGGAUUUUCAUUCAAAUUUCUAAGCUGAGUCGUUUUGAGGGCUCAAGGUGGGGUGAAUUUGGGGGAAACAAUUGAGUCUGCACAAAACACAGAACUGAAGCUGCCCCCAAAGCAGUUUAGGGUUAUGUCUACACAGCAGAAUUCCAUUUAAUGAACAGAACAACAUCUCUAAUGAGCCAAAGUUUCCCCAGUGCUCAUUAUAAGCUAAAGAGAAGAAGAACACAGUGGUGAAUUACUUGGGCCUCUUUUUCCCCCACUGCCGCCUCAACCUCCUACUUUUUGCAGUCCCCACCCACCCAAAUUUAGCCAUGGUUGCUUGCUUCCUCUCCCCACCCUCCAUUUACCUUAUCACAAGAUUUGAGUACCGUUGAAUAACCCCAGAAAGAAAGCCCUGCCCAUAUGGAACCUAGAACCUGGCCUUGUGCUCUGGGUGAGAGCAUAAGAAGUGCCUGCUCAUUUAGGCCAAAUAGGGCUGAAUCUAGUCCAGCAUUCUCUUCUCAAAGUGACCACCCAGAUGCCCGUUAUGGGAAAUGUUCAAGCAGGAUCUGAUCCCAAGAGCCCUCUCCCCUGCUGUGGUUUCCAGCAACUGGCAUUCAGAAGCAUUGCUGCCUUCAACUGUGGUGGCAGAGUAUAGCCAUCCUGGCAAGUAGUCAUUAAGAGCCUUCUCCAGGAAUUUGCCCAAUCCUCAUUUCCUGCGGGAGUGAGUUUCAUAGUUUAGCCGCAUGCUGUGUAAAGCAGGACAUUUUAGCAGCUCAGGCCCUGUUUAGAGCUCAUGGCUGUGGGGUUGGUGCGCCUGCCUGUGUCUUGUGUUCGUUCCAUUUCCCAACGCUACUCUUCCUCCUUUCCAGCACAUCAACCCCAUAGCUGCUACCCUCAUCCAGAAAAUGUUACGGUCCGACCCGGCUGCCCGCCCCACCAUUGAUGAGCUGCUGACCGAUGAGUUCUUCACCACGGGCUACAUCCCAUCACGGCUGCCCACCACUUGCCUCACGAUACCCCCUAGGUUUUCUCUGGCCCCCAGUGGGUUUGAUGUCAGCUUGAGGAAGCCUCUCACAGUGGUCAACAAAGGUGAGGGAGUGAGCGGGGGAAGGCUUGGCUGCGCUUGCAGCCCAGGUAGUAACUUAAUAAGGGGGCUGGGGGAGGAGUGAUACAACAACACUUAGAAUGUUCCAUAAGACUCACCAAUAGACAAGGAAAGUGCCUGUACAGUUGUACCUUGGAUCCCGAACGCCUUGGAACUCGGACGUUUCGGCUCCCGAACGCCGCAAACCUGGAAGUGAUUGUUCCUGUUUGCGAACAUUCUUUUGGAACCCGAACAUUUGAGAGAGCUUCCACGGCUUCUGAUUGGCUGCAGGAGCUUCCUGCAGCCAAUCAGAAGCUGCAAUUUGGUUUUUGAACAUUUUAGAAGUCGAGUGGACUUCCGCAACGGAUUCCGUUUGACUUCCAAGGUACAACUGUAUUUAUUUAUUUCAUGAAAUGUAUACACUGCUUGCUUGUGAAAAAGCAACAACCCCAACCUCAAAGCAGUGUACAAAAAAUGGUAUAACAAUAAGAUUAUCACUAAGAACAAUUAGCAACAAUAAUUUAAGACUUAAGCUAAAAUAAUAACGGGCUGAAAACGGAUUAAAGCUCGCACCAACUUUCUAAACAUCUGGGCCAAUGAGAAUGGUUUUUAGCAGGCAUCUUACAGCGAAGAUGCCUGCUUGAUCUCAGCAGGCAAGGAGCUUCAUAAUGCAAGUGCCGCCACACUAAAAGAUUGAAUACUGCGGAAGGGGCAUAAUGUGGCACCUGUAGCUGUGCCAGUUCUGCCAGCGAAACCCAGGCAAAAUGGAGUAAGCCGAACUUGUGGGAAAGGUGUGUGGGUCUGGCUGAGGCUGCACAGGGUGUGAUCUCCAACUGGGAAGCUGAGCUCCAUGAGCCAAGAGUGGAACAAGGCAGCAUGCCUCUCUCUCUUUCCUACACAGGACCAGAGAGCCCUGCGCUGGAGAAGGUGCCCGAGAAGGAAGAAGAGGUGGCCCUGCGGGAGCCCAGGAGUCCUGUGGACAGCCACUUGGCUGAUCUCCUGCAGCAGCUGACACUGGUCAAUGGGUCCAAUCCCGCAGAAAGAGUACCCAUCAGACAAGGUGUGGGGGGUGUGUGUGUGUGUGUGUGUGUGUGUGUGUCUUUUAUCUGAGCUUGCCUGCGGGCUUCACUCCCUCUUCCUUAACCUCCAUUUGGUAACCACAAUUCUCUUUUUCAGAGGAGGCUGAGGACCCAGCCUGCAUCCCCAUCUUCUGGGUCAGCAAAUGGGUGGACUACUCGGAUAAGUACGGCCUAGGUGGGUAGUCGACUGGGCACAGCAGCUGUCGGGGGGUGGGGAGUGCACUUUGGGAAACAGGGCCAUGAGGCAAAGUGAAGCAGUUGCCUCAGGUGGCAGAACCAACCUCCGAAGAAUGUGCUGCCCACCCCUCUCCAGCCUCCUUUUACUCCCUCUCUACCUUCAGCUCAGGGAGGCAGUUGCAAAGGAAGAGGUGGGGAGGGUAUUUUAUGUUUUGCCUCAAGUGGCAACACAUCCCAAGUUGGUCCUGUUGGGAACAGACCAAAAACUCACCUAUCAAUGAGGCACGCCCAUGUUCCAAGCUGCCACCCUUACACCUUCUUAAUCAUUUAAAUUUUUAUUUUCAUGAGAACAAGAAUAAUAAGGGGGGGGAGAUACAUGGAGGGCAGGGGACGGGGCGAGACACAAUUUCAGGAACCGGGGAAGUCCACAAGAUAAAAGAAAGAGUUGCUGGUUCCCUUUGUGAUGCUAAUGUGGUUUUUGUGGCUAUACAGAUUUUUUUUUUUGCAUGACUUUUGCAUGACUCAGAUUAAAAUGUUGGGGGAAAUACCAAAAGUAACUUGGAGAAUACCAAAAGAAGCCUUGACCUAAAUCCAGGGGUGGAACAUCUGUCCAGAAAUUAAGUGAGAUGUUGGCAGGUGGAGCCGUUGGUCAGCGUUUAUUCAUUCAUUUGGGUUCAAACCUUCCUCCCAAAGGAGCCCAGGGUGGCAGGUCUCACUAAGGGGCAGGAGCUUGCAAUGAAAUUGUGGAGAUGUGAUGUUAUUGUCUGUAGUGCCUGUGGUUAGUUGGUAUGAAAGAGGAAACCUCGGAGCUCUGCUUCAAGACCAAAACAUCUGCCAAAGCAUGACCAUGGGGCCUCUGAGAUCUGGUGGCAUAGGGCGGUAUACAAAUCGAUUGAUUAACAGAUGCAAAGCACCUGCUUUGCGGGCAGAGCCCCUGGCCACUCGGGUGGGAAAGAGUCUUGGGUUCUCUGCGGGAGACAGCUGAGACCACGGAAAGGCAAGAUUCUCCUUGGUUUGAAAUUAAGGCAGGUUUUGAGUGCUCCCCUCUGUUCUCCGCACCCCAGGCUACCAGCUGUGCGACAACAGCGUUGGGGUCCUCUUCAACGACUCGACCCGCCUGAUUAUGUACAACGACGGGGACAGCCUGCAGUACAUUGAGCAAAAUGGCUCCGAGUCUUACUUCAACGCACGUUCCUACCCAGAGGCUUUCAGCAAGAAGGUCAGUGACUCGAGCCUCAUGGCGGCAGCUAAAUUUGACCAUGUGCAAAGUGCCCCUACCCUUGCCACUGAGCAGCUGCCUUUCUGUAUCUGAGAUGAAGGUGCGAGGGACUUCCGGCCAUCACUCGGCCCCAGGGUAUUUCUUUUCCUUGCAAAAGAAACCACCGUUUUCAUUUUGGGAAAGGGCAGCAUCUAUGUGAGGUUGGGGGUCUGGUGGCUCUUGCUGGCUGCAAGUGGGAGGCUACUUAAGAAUUUAAGAGCAACCCUGCAGCUGGGCCAGUGACCCAUCUAGUCCAGCAUCCUGUGGCCACUGGGGGCCAACCAGAUGCCCCUGUGGGAAACCAGCAAGUCAGAUGGGAGCCCAGGAGUCCUCUCCCCUGCUGUGGUUUCCAGCAACUGGUAUUCAGAACAUUGAAUAUCUGCAGCAUAACCAUCAUAGCUUAUAGCCAUCAAUAGCUCUCUCCUCCCUGAAUUUGUCUAAUCUUUUAGAGUCAUCUAGGUUGUUGGUCAUUUCCGUCUCCUGUGGCAGUGAGUUCCAUAGUUUAACUAUGCGCUGUGUGAAGAAGGACUUUCUUUUAUACUAUUCUGGUGUCUGUGUGGCCUAAGGGGGGGUUGCAUUUAAAUCCUGCUGGGCAGAGGAUGCCGUUAUGAGAUCUCGGCUUCUGUUGCCAAUAACCUUUUAUCAAGCCAUGCUGGAACCUAGCUUUUUGAGGCCUGCCUCUGCUCCGCUUCUGUUUUGCUGACGUGGGCCCUUGUUUUUGUCUCCUGCAGAUCACGCUGCUGAGCUACUUCCGCAACUACAUGAGCGAGCACUUGCUGAAGGCGGGAGCCAACAUCACCCCCCGAGAGGGAGACGAGCUGGCCCGCCUCCCCUACAUGUGCUACUGGUUCCGCACUCGCAGCGCCAUCAUCCUGCACCUGAGCAAUGGCACUGUGCAGAUCAACUUCUUCCAGGUGACCUAACAGGAGCGGGGAAGCUCCCUCUCCCCACCCUGCCAGCCUGCAUGUAUUUGGGGGUGGGUUUUGAAGCUAGAAAUUACCCCCCCCCCUCUAAAAGGGACAAUCAAUGGGUUCCUUAGGGAGGAAAGAUGGGCUUAGAAGUUGAAUUAAUAAUAAUAAUGGCUGGCUGGCUGUCCAUGCUGUCAACUGGUUCAGCUUGGGGUGUCACAGGCAUCUCUCCUUUAACAGGUUUAAUGCUGCCCCCCCCAAUACUGUACCUAAAAGAACCCUGAUGGAUCUGGUCAAUAGCCCAUCUAGUCCAGCAUCCUGUUCUCACAGUGGCCAGCCAGGUGCCCCCUUGGAAAUCUGCAAGCAUGACCCGAGCACAAGAGCCCUCUUUCCAUCUGCGGUUUCCAGCAACUGGCAUUCAGGAGCAUUGCUGCCUCCAGCUGUGAAAGCAGAGCAGAGCCAUCAUAGCUAGUAGCCAUUGAUGGCGUAAAGGUGGAACUGAGAGCAGGCAAAGGAGAGGGACUGUGUGCGAGAUGCCUCCAAGGGCACAGAGGAGGAUGCCCUGGCUUCUUCGCCUUUGUCUCUAUAAGGGGCAAGAUUUGAGUCUCUUCCUACUCUAGUUCCUUUGGCUUCAGAACUCCUCUUGGGAUUAUGAAGCCGGCGUGUUUGUGGAACGCUGUUCUGGCUGCUUACAGCAAAGUGCAGGGAAUCCUUUCAGCCCAGGGGCCGCAUUCCAUUCUGGGCAGCCUUCUAGGGGCCACAUGUCAGUGGUGGGUGGGGCCAGAGGCAAAAGGGGGCAGAGCAACCAACACAAACUUCACCCUUGUGCAGCAGGCUAGAUUUUGACCCCCUCCCUCCUCCAUCCAGGUGAGCAUGAGGCAUGAAAAGAGUUGAAGGGUGCAUCCCAUCCAGGCGUAUCUGAAGCUGGGCCAGUGAUGAGGGUGGCCUGGGGAGAGUUCUGAGCACAAAUGGAGGGUUGCAUGAAGGCCCUGGGCAUGAAAUUACCUGCACUGGCUUAAAUGGAUCUAGAGCAGGGCUCCAGCUGCUUUUGGACUGCAAUUCCCAUCCUUGACCACUGGUCCUUCUAGCUAGGGAUGAUGGGAGUUGUAGUCCAAAAGCAGCUUGAGACCCAACUAUGGGAAACCUUGAUCCAGAUAUUCCUUAUAUCGGGAAUAGCCAGGUUUUUGUGGGCUCCAACUCCCACCCACCUCCCUCCUUGGCCAAGCUGAUUCUGGGACCAACAGGAGUUGCGAAAGCCCAGAAUAGUCAUCAUAGGCACCGCUGGUUUCCCAGCUUUGUCUUGUGUGCAGUUUUACAAACUGCUACCUCGCAUUGCAUUAAUGCCACCAUCCUAAUCCGCUGUGGCUGCCUCUCAGAGCUGAAGGAGCCCAGCUGGUACUAAUUUGCCUCUUGCAUGUAUUUUCUCCAUCCUCUGCCCACAGGACCACACCAAGGUCAUCCUGUGCCCCUUGAUGGCAGCCGUCACCUACAUCAAUGAGAAGCGAGAGUUCCGCACCUACAAGCUGAGCCUGAUUGAGGAGUUUGGCUGCUGCAAGGAACUGGCCAGCCGCCUCCGCUAUGCCCGCACCAUGGUGGAGAAGCUGAUGAACUCCAAGCAGGGUGUUCCCUGCCCCAAACCUUCUACCUAGCACCUGGCUGCUGUGGUUGUGCAGCAGCGAAGGACUCUCUCGCUGUCUCUUCCAGUUCCAAUACCGUAAUGGGCUGCGGCAUUCCUGCCUUCCCCUCCCAGCUGGGGUCACCUCUGCCUGGCUGUGUCCUGGCACAGGGGUCAGGCCAGGGAGUGGCUUCUAGUUGGGCGGUGCUCCUUACAGGGGGGCUAAAUGCCCCCCCAGCCCAGCCUAGAAGACUCUUUAUUUUUUAAAAACAACAACAACCAAGGAUUUGUUUUCUCCCGAUUCUGCUGGAGAAAAAGCCCCCAUUUCUCCCUCCUCUCAGCCCAGCCCAGUGAGGCCUCUGGUGCAACUUAAGAGUUGGGGGUUUCGGUUACACCAUGUGAGUUACUUGUACGUGGUCUGUCUGCUGAGCCUUCCUCUUGUGGGCACUCUCCCUCCUCUUCCUGCUGUAGUUAAACUGUCUGGCGUUUUGUUCUUUGACUCUAAGCCACCAGACUUUUAAAUAUUGAAACUAAAGUCUACACCAACUAAACUUUUUGUACAUUACUUAAUAAAGAAGAUUUUCUGGAAGCA